CGGAAGGGGCAGGGCCAGUUGUGAGAGGAACAGAGAGAGCCUUGAGACGUGGAAGUGCUACAGUCAUGGCUACCCCGAAAGCCUCUGUGGCCGGUAGCGUCUCCUCGGCUGGUAGCGGCACUAACUUGCUUUUCUCUUCGUCGGCUACCGAAUUCAAUUUCACUGUUCCCUUCAUCCCAGUAAGCCAAGCCCCUGCUGCUGCUGCUGCUGCUGCAGCCACCUCGGGGCCUGGUCUCCUGCCCGCAGAUGAUACCACUGAUGUUGGUGAAGAAGACAGUUUCCUUGGCCAGACUUCUGCAAAUCCUAAUCUCCCACCAACUUUCAGUUAUUUCUCCCAGGUUCCAAGCAGUGGUGAUCCCUUUGGAAGCAUUGGGCAACCGCCCUUAGGAGCAACAUCCCCAUCCCAAGCUGAAAAAUCUGUUUUCGCUAAGUCUCCAGUUUCUCUUCCACUUCUGCCUGGAUCACAAGAUUGUCCAAAUGCUUUCUCAGCUCCUCUUUCCAAAUCACAGCCUUUUAAUACACCACCCACUUCAGGAAUCGCCUCAUAUCAAACCCCCCAGCAGACUGAUCCUCCACCAACUAGCUUUUCAACGCCACCUCAUGGCAUAUCACAGCAAGGCUACAAUCCGUAUCGUCAUACUACGUUAAGCAGUAGAGCCAAUCCUUACAUCACUCCACCACAACUUCAACAGAUACAAACACCCACCCAGAGUGGCCAGGCUCCUUCCUCUGUACCACCCACACACAUGUAUCCAACUCCUCCGGGGCCACUGCCACCAUUUUCUUCACCUCAGUCAGCAUUGUUACCUCAGGCCUCCAUGUCAGCAGGCGCGCUGGUGAAGGCACCUCCUGUCUUGUUACAUAACCAGUAUGAGCCAGUUCAGCCCCAUUGGUUUUACUGCAAGGAGGUUGAAAGCAAGGAGCUAUGGAUGCCAUUCAGUGUCCUAGAUUCCACAACUCUAGAGGAAGUUUAUAACUCUGUGCAACCUGAUCCAGAGAAUGUGGUCUUGAGUACUGAUGGAGGACGUUAUGAUGUUUACCUGUAUGAUCGAGUGAGGAAAGCUGUGUAUUGGGAAGAAAAACAGUCUGAAGUGAGACGAUGUACUUGGUUUUAUAAGGGAGAUAAAGACAGCAGGUUCGUUCCUUAUACAGAGGAUUUCAGUGAAAAGCUAGAGGCAGAGUAUAAGAAAGCUGUUACCACAAAUCAGUGGCAUCGACGACUGGAAUUUCCAGGUGGAGAAACUAUUGUUAUGCAUAAUCCUAAGGUUAUAGUUCAGUUCCAGCCUUCUGCAAUACCAGAUGAAUGGGGUACCACACAAGAUGGUCAGACCAGACCAAGGGUGGUAAAACGUGGGAUUGAUGAUGAUCAUGAGGAGAUUCCAGAUGGUGAGGUGUCUGAAAUUGAUCAUUUGGUAUUCAUGGUCCAUGGCAUUGGCCCUGUCUGUGAUCUGCGAUUUAGAAGCAUUGUUGAAUGUGUCGAUGAUUUUCGGACUGUGUCCCUGAAAUUGUUGCAGACACAUUUUAGAAAGUCAGUAGAAGAACUUAAAGUGAGCAGGGUCGAGUUCCUACCCGUUCAUUGGCAUAGUGCUCUGCAUGGAGAUGCAACAGAGGUGGAUAGGAAUAUUAAAAAAAUAACUUUACCAACCAUUGGACGUCUGCGUCACUUCACAAAUGAGACACUACUUGAUAUACUGUUUUACAAUAGCCCCACCUACUGUCAAACAAUUGUGGAUAAAGUAGGAUUGGAGAUGAACCGUCUAUAUGCACUUUUCAUGAGCAGAAACCCUGACUUUAAAGGAGGAAUCUCCGUUGCUGGUCAUAGUUUGGGUUCCUUAAUAUUAUUUGACAUACUGUCCAACCAAAAGGACUGGACUUCCACAGUUAAUUCUGUGACUCCUGUUGCUGCCAAUGGUGUUGUGAAGGAUGUGGUUGAAUGUGAUCAGCAGAUGACAGUGGAGUCUAAUUCUGCUGGUUCCUUGCAUUCUCCUUCCAAUGAUGAGCUUGAUGUGGAGGAUGAUAUCCCAACCUUGCAGAGAACUCUGGAAAUGCUUAGCUUGUCUGAGUACAUUAGCACGUUUGAAAAGGAGAAGAUUGAUACAGAAUCACUGCUGAUGUGUACGAUUGAUGACCUGAAGGAAAUGGGAAUACCUCUUGGGCCACGAAAGAAGAUAGCAAACUUUGUAAAAGACAGAGCAGUCAAACAGGAACGGAGAAAAGCAGCACUGGAAAAAAAGGCAGCAGCGGAUGCCUUGAUACGGAAUCAGGAAGAAGCUGCUCAGGCAGCAAAGAAGGUGGCCAGUUUUACUGCAUCUUCAGAAUCUGGUAUGCUCCAAGAUCAAUUCAAGAGAAAACUUCCAGUUGGAGCUUCAGUUUCAUCUGCACAUAUAGACUAUGAAUAUUUUGAAGUGGGUACUGGUCAGGUGUCUGUGGUAUACAGUGCACUCGACUUUGAGCCAGAAAAAUUCUUUGCUCUGGGUUCUCCAAUUGGUGUAUUUCUUACUGUAAGAGGAGUGGAAAAAAUCGAUGAAAACUACAGGCUCCCCACUUGCAAGGGAUUUUUCAACAUUUAUCAUCCGCUAGAUCCAGUGGCUUAUAGGCUAGAACCUAUGAUUAUUCCUGAUUUGGACACAAAACCAGUUCUUAUUCCACAUCACAAAGGCAGAAAAAGACUUCACCUUGAAUUGAAAGAUUCUCUUUCUCGGAUGGGAUCAGACCUGAAGCAGGGUUUUAUUAGCUCGUUGAAAAGUGCUUGGCAAACCCUUAAUGAAUUUGCACGUGCUCAUACUUCCUCCAUUCAACUCCAGGCAGAAUUGGAGAAAGUGGCUCAUCAGAUUAAAGAGGAAGAAGAAAAAGAUGAGGUAGAAGCAGAAAAGAUAGCUGAAAGUCCAGAUCUUUCGAAAGAUGAAGACAUGACUAUAAAAGUUGGUUUGCUAAAUGGAGGACGCCGCAUUGAUUAUGUACUGCAAGAAAAACCCAUAGAAAGUUUCAAUGAAUAUUUGUUUGCCCUACAGAGUCAUUUGUGCUACUGGGAAUCGGAAGACACUGCUUUGCUUCUCCUAAAAGAAAUAUAUAGGACUAUGAAUGUUUAUCCUGAACAGCCACAACAUUGAUGUAAGGAUACCCAUCAUUCAGAAUUUCAUUUCUGAUCGUUCUUCUGGCUUGCCAACAACCUUUUGAAGAGGCAUCACCAAUUCCAUAGUCACAGAUGGCAGAAGUGGUUUCAAUCUACAACCUUCAAAUUCUGUACUCCUUUUUAUUUUAAAUUAACUGGGGUGGAGGAAAAGAAAAUCAAGCCUGCACUUCAGAGUACACAUACCUUUUUACCAGCCGUGAAUCAUUUCUGGAGUAGUUGCCAAACAUAAAUGACCCUUCAAGAAAUGUGUGGCAUGCAAAUUAAAUCUUUCUAAUCUGUCUUGGUCAAUAGAUUUAUCAAAUUCGUGUUUUCUACAAGGGCUGUUUUUUUAAACAAAAACAACAUUGUUGGUAAACAGCAAUAACAACUUUUCAUUUAAUAAAACAACCAUUUCUCCCAUUUCUUUAAGAAAUGUGAACUUAACUUCAGACUACUUUACUGCAAAUCUACAUAAAACCAUUUGUAUUUGCUGAAAUAGAGCAAUUUCUUACACCUGGUAAGCCUACUAUUAAGAUUUUAUAACAAAAAGUCUCCUGAGCCUCUUGGGAGUUUUUUUUUUUUAAGCUUGUGAUAUGAACUUUAACUCUCUAUAUUGUAGAAAGCUGCUCCAAACUGGUUCAUCACUUGUACAUCUUGCUCUGUGUGUUAGUCUACAGAGGGAGGGAGUAGAAAAGGAUGAGCCAAAUAAAAUAAUCUGUUGGACACUGGCAAUCAGGCUGUGGCUUGAAGACUGGAUUUGCAGAAAUCAAAUAUGUUUAUGGCCCUGCAACAGAAGAUGAGUGUUUUGAGGGUUAGAUUCAGAGGGUGUCUUGGCCUUUUCAAAAACACUCCCGCUUUGACCUAGUGAAACAUGUGAUGGUUAAAUGGAGAAGCUUCUAAACACUGGACUUCUGUUGCUUCUUUGCUGCUGCUUCUCUUUUUUUCUGCAUAGUUCAAUUGUUCACUAAAAUGAAAUUGUGACAGUUUAUAUUUGCUGGUCUUCUACAUAGUGGAUUGUCAUGGAUAAAUAGCUUUUUUGAAGAAAAAGUAUGGGUUUUUGAUGGUGUAUCCACAUACUUUUUUAUAUAAACUUCGUUGCAGCAUUGGUCUUGAAGAAUGAGGUACAAAAUAGACAAGGUGGUGCUGUAACUGUUUGGAUCAGCUUCUGCCUACUGUAAAGUCUCUGCAGUUUAAAAACUUGCAUAUUGUUAGAUUAAGAGAACUUGUUUCAUUGCAGUAUAUUAACCUUUAGCUAUUUUAUAACUCUUUAUAAAUAUAAUAUUGUGACUAAUAUUAAAAGAUACAGUGAUACCAGCAAAUGUUUAUGCUUUUCCCCUGCUGUGAUUGUUCCUGUAUCUGAGAAAGCAACAGGAUGUUUUCUGUGUUUUUUCCCCCUCGUCCUGAAUAUUUGGUGCUCCAUUCAUCACAAUGAAAUUUUCCUUCAGUCAUUUGUUAAACCAGAACAAAUUUCUAUGAGAGGAAUGCAGGAUGAAGCACCUUCUUGUCAGAUAGCAUAACAAGUGGAAAAGCCCUUCAAUAAAUCCUGGAUUAAAGUUGUCUCUGAACAGGUUUCAGAACUGUACAUUUGGUAUUCAGAAUGUGUUCUCAGUCGUCCUGGAUAAAAUACCAAAGAAUGAAAGAUGAACAAAGGUUUUCAAGAAAAGACAACAGUAUUGAGUGUGUGGAGUAUACUGAAGUGAAAUUUGUAAAGGCAGACAAAAUAAAUGUAAUGUUAGCAAAUAUGAAAAAGACAA